CGUGAGGUCAGAGCGUUUAGGGCCUAUAAAAGGUGGUACCAGUGCCAAUGUCCCUGUCUAGAUCGACUGUGAGAACGGCACGAAAAUGAAGUUUCCCAUCAUCCUCUGCUUUCUGCUGGCCUACGCAGUGUGCGCGCAGUCGGCUCAUUUCCACGAUGAGGGAUUUCUGGAGGAUGACCUGGCCUUCGAUGCUGAUGCCGAUGCAAAGAUGCUACUCUAUCUGCGGAGUGGGUGUGAAGCCGCUUUCUUUUCUCUGUGGUAAAAGGCAACUGGUCGUGAUGUCAGAGCGUUUAGGGCCUAUAAAAGGUGGCACCUGUGCCAAUGUCCCAUUAGUGCUCCCCUGUCUAGAUCGACUGUGAGAACGGCACGAAAAUGAAGUUUCCCAUCAUCCUCUGCUUUCUGCUGGCCUACGCAGUGUGCGCGCAGUCGGCUCAUUUCCACGAUGAGGGAUUUCUGGAGGAUGACCUGGCCUUCGAUGCCGAUGCAAAGAUUGAGACGGAAAUCCCUGGCUUGUGUUCUAUCUGCAAACGCAUCCUGGCGAAAGUCCAGCCGACUCUCUCUAAAGACGACACCAAGGCAGCACUUGAGAAAAAGCUUCAUGGAGCAUGCACAACACUGAGAUUGGGUAAAAUCUGCCAGAGCCUGGUCAGCAAAUACCUCAAUAAACUAAGGGACGAGCUCUCAACUACCGAUUCCCCCAGAGCGGCCUGUGUUAAAAUUCGUCUCUGCCGACCAAAAGCUUUGUGGGAGUGAGUCUGAGCGGUCAGGAAGAGGAAUCGUCCCUGUCCUGGACGAACUUCGCGGAGUGCUUUCUCGUUAUGCUGUUUUCAUAAUUAUUGGCUAGUAUCACUUGCCAAAGAUAAAAGGCAUCAUCUACUGUCGCUCAAUAAAGCAUGAUCAUAAAAAAA